AUGCAGUGCCGGGACUCUCGGGAGGCCGGCGACGGCCCGCGCCACAGGUGGCAUCCGGGGCGGGGCCUGCGCGCCGUCGGGCGGCGGGGGCGUGGCCUGGGCUCCGCGGCGGGGGCGUGGCCCCUCCCCAGAUGCCUCCGCGCGCCCGCCGCCCUCCAGCGCGCCAGGCCUCCCGAGCGCCCAGUGCGCAGGCGCCGGCGGGGGGCUCCGAGCGUGCGCCGAGAUGGAGCGCGGUCGGAGCGCGCGGCGGCGGUUGCCCCGCGGACUGACGGGAGGUCGGGCCGCCCGCCGUGUCGCCCUGCGCCUGCUGAACUCCGAGCGCCCGAGGAUGUCAGCGCUGAGGAAGGUCUGUAUGAGCUGUUGGCUCUUGUGCCAGGCCAGCUGGGGCCACGUGUGGACAGCCAGGAAGACCUGACCUUCCUCUGGGAUAUGUUUGGUGAGAAAAUCCUGCAUUCACUGGUAAAGAAUUUGCAUUCUGUUUCUUGGUGUAGUACUGACAGGGUAUACAACGUAAAGAACAACCCUGUGCUACUCUUCUGCCCCGACUCGGUGCUGAGAAAAGUGUUAAGGACAACAAGGGCAACACCUCAACGUUAUGUGGCCUUUGAGGAGAAUGUGUCGAUAGAGAAGCUGCUUUUAUACAAAGGAAAUACAAAGGCCAAAAACAAGGGUGUACAAUGGAAAGAAUAGGCAUGUGCGACGAUUCUGCCCUGACACGGUGCUUAUCCAAAUUUUAUGGACAACAAGAACCACACCACUCUACAUUCUGCGUCCUUUGAGGAGAAUGUCUCAAUAGAGAAGCUGUUUUUUACACAAAGCAAAUUCAGACCCAAAAAACAAGUGAAAUAAGUAGAAAGGGGAAGAGGGAGAAAUGGUAUGUUUCACCCGGAAAGUAUUUGAAAGCAUUUUUGCUCCUGAGCACUAUGUGCGUCGGAGUGGCCGCUCUCCUGCUGCAUGAGGAGCAUGCUCUCUCGCUCUGUACUCUGGAGACGACAGUGCCAAGCAACAGUACCUGGGGUAGAAGAAUGACCCCUGACCUGUAAACUGCAGCUUGUCUGCAAGGAGCUACAGGGAACCAUGAGCAUCUCAUGUGUGCACCAUGCUUUUGGAACUUCCCUGAAUGCAGUGACUCUUGGAGCAGGACUCAACCCUGGUUGGGACAUACAGGUCAAAAAUAUCACCAAGCCAGGUGUGAGUCACACAGGCACUUUAGAUUUGCACCAAGUGAGCCAGCUAUGUGUGGAAAGUCCUUUUCAAAUCUGAGUAGCCUCAGCUGUUUCCAUGAUGACCCUUCCACUGCCCCAGAAACUAGAAGUACUCCAUUCUAAUCAUUCCUCGAGAUAGAUGUAAGCAAUAAUAUUUUGCACUCCAUUAAACUGGGGCAAAUAGCAUAGAA